GUCGUAACAGGCUAGCUUGGCUCGGCUAACAGUGAGCUGACGUGAAGGUUAGCUGUCCGUUCGACGCCAACUCAGUGACGUAAAACGCGAGAGGGACGUGUGUGCAACCCCGGGACGUGAGGAUGACUCAGCAAAUCAUAGCUCACCUGGAUCAACAGAGGAAGUCGAUGCUUCACUGGGGCUUUUAAGACGUUUCCCUCACAGCGGCACCUGGUGGCCAGUUGCUGAUUGGAAAAGGCGCGUUGAGCUCACUGCGUCUUUCGUUGGCAUCGCGGAUGGCGCGGCAUAGCAAGCUGCAAAAGCAGGUCCUGGCGCUGUACCGACAGUUCCUCCGGGCUGGGCGGGACAAGCCGGGGUUCCUGCCCCGCAUCCGAGACGAGUUCCGGGAGAACGCCAACAUCAAAAAGACAGACGUGAUGCACAUUGAAUAUUUGUACCGGCGAGCUCAGCGGCAACUGGAGCAGCUCAAGGACGUCAACACCAAACAGCUGGGAACCUUUACCAAAGCCAAAUAACGCUGUUGACCGCUCGCCAUCGGCAAAGACAAACACCGACCGACUGUUAGAUGUCAUUUCAUGACAUUAACAUUUGGACGACAAUGUCACAUGACUGCCAAAAUCUCAUUUGAAUUGUGUGUUCAUAUUUUUUGUUCAAAUACAUCGUGUCAAAACCAGGUCUGCAAUUCUGAUGCGUGAACCCGCAACAUGGGAAAGCACAGGGAUGGACCGCCAUAACGGACCUUGACACUCGAGCCGGACAAUUCGACCAUCCCGAGUCUGAGUCGCACAUUUGGCUAGAGAGAAAUUCUGAAGACUGCAAUUGGCCAAUUCAUUUGAAACCAAUUAAAGAUUUUGGUCCUGCAAUACUUGCAACAAUAAAGAUAUGAAUUACAAACA